CCUCUUUUAGAUGCAACAUAACAACGUCAACAACGCCACUAUCCUGUGUCACACAUUACCGCGCUCGGUUAUUUAUUUAUUUAACAAGGAGCUUAUACACAAGACUCCUUAUUUAUUUUGUUUUGUUUAUUUAAAUAUAUAUAUACAUUUCGCCAAGUGGUGUCUUGGAUAUUACCAUCAGUAAACAAUAUAUAUAUAUAGAUAUCUAUAUAUAUAUAUAUAAUGAAUAAAAUAUUUGUGCCGAUCCUGUGGGCCAUGAUGGCGACGUCGGUCCUUGCGCUGCCUGCCAACGACAAUAAAUCGGGUGACAACGAUCUCAUGGCGACCAUUUACUCAGACUGCAGCAAAAAGGACUCGAUCGACUGCAUAAAAGUAAAGUUUUUUAAUUUCGUUGACAAAAUGCUGACGGACAAAGAGGAUAUCACGUUGUCGGAGGGCAUUACGGUCGUCAAAACUUCAACUGCUGAGGAAGGGGCACCGAGGUCCAUCGACUCGACGGAUGUGGACACUUUGAUCUUCGACAGAGUCGGGAGGUUUUUGAAGACCCACUCUAUCAAGGUCGACCUUAAGGGCAGCGAUAUUUUGGGGGUUGUUGAGUCCGCUGGAAGAAGUCUGGAUGACUUGAGUGAAAGUCUUGUUGAGGGACGGGGUAAAAAGAAGAAGCAGCAGAAAUUAAUGGGACCGUUGAUGAUGGCGAUGGCACUCAAAGCCGCGGCACUGCUGCCCUUGGCAUUGGGAACGAUAGCUCUGAUUGCUGGUAAAGCACUUCUAGUUGGUAAGAUAGCGCUCGUUAUUUCGACGAUAAUCGGGCUGAAGAAAUUACUCGGCGGUCAGAAGCACGUGACGUAUGAGGUCGUCGCGCACCCGCACCACAGCAGCAGCAGCAGCCACGUGGUCAGCCACGACGAUGGUGGUCACGGUGGUGGCGGUGGCGGCUUCAGUGGUGGUGACUUUGGAGGUGGUUACGGUGGUGGUGGCGGCGGUGGAUCCAGUGGUCACGGAUGGGCGCGAAGUCUCCCGCAAGAUGUACAGCAACACGCACAGCAAUUAGCUUACAGUGGCCAAAUUCCUCCACAAGCUUAACUGAUCUCUCCCUUUUUACUCCACCGAAAAAUACUUUCCCAUUAAAUUAAUUUAUUUCCUUACAUAUUUAUUGUAAUUUAAUACUGGUACCUCGAAAUACUCUUUUUUUAUAAUUUAUA